UUGUAUGAGAAUAAAUGAGAUAAUUAAGGAAUAAGCGGAUAUCUUAGUGCUUAAAUAUUUCGGUAAUGAAAGCUGCAAAAAAAUAAGUAAUUGAAACGUUUUCGUUUUUCCAUAAGUAUCGAAUGAAUUGGCCGCUAUCUUUCGCAAUCGUACGCUUGUAAGACGUACACGACGGGUUUUCUAAACACCCGGUAGACGUGCUUGCGGCAGACAGGCAGACUUGCGCUCGCUCGAGCUCGAGCAGUGGUUGACCCGCGCGCAGUAGUUCUCAACAGUUUUCAAUUUCUCACCAAUAUCAUUCAAUCUCACCGCGGUCCGCGGUCGGCGGUAAAGCGAGUAGAGUUGAGUGUAGAGUGCGGUGUCCGGUGGUCGUGACGUCGUAACCGCGACCGCGCGCCGCCGAUAGAUACUCACUCAGCUCAGCGUGUCGUACUUACUACGGUCCCGUUUUCGUGUCGCUUGUACGACCGCUCACGGUAGGCCGAUGAGGUGAUGUGAAGUUCUGCGGCCGGCCCAGACUUCGGAUCUCCCAGGCGAGAGUCGCGUCGCGUGUCGUGCAGGCGUGAGAAGAGAUUUCGGUCGCGAGGCGAGCGUCGAGCGCUGAGCGGCGAGCGCGAGCGCGAGCGAUUUUCUGGAGUAAAGGGAGUAGCAAAUCUCUUGGGGGUCAGCGGGGCCAGCCAGGUCCAGCGGGGGAUCACGUGACCCAAGUGUUUACCAAAAUGGUGAACGUCCAUAGUGCGAUACGAACGGCACUCCGUUCCGUUCGCACGGGAGCGGCCGCGCGGCGCUCGGUUGCGUAAAUAGCUGCGAUCAGCUGUGCUACGCUACGUGCGCGGAGCGAAGGGAGAGAGAGAGAGAGAGAGAGAGAGAGAGAGAGAGCGAGAGCGAGCGCGCACGCAGUGCUUCGUGCUUCGGCGUUCCAAUCGUCUCGACACGGCCGUGGCGUCGCGCGUCGCGUCCAGUCGUGUCCCAUCCCGUCGCGUCCUGGACGAGUCAAUCCGUACGCGUCGUCGAUUAUCUCCGUUGUCGGCCCCGUUUCUCGUUUGCAUUCUUUUCGGCUGGCGUUCAAUUUCGCCACUACGCCACGCACGCAGACGCAGCGCAUCUUUACGGGCGAAAGUUGGAAAGUGGAUGCGAUCGCGAGAGAUGCCAGAAUUCGACGCGGAGGCAGUCACGCUACGACGAUCGCCUCCUAGCCGCGCGAUGGUAUUACGCUAGACCAAGUUUUUCGCGAUGUCGUUGAUUGAGUUGAUUCGUCUCGCUGCACCGAGCUUGUCCUCGAUCCACUCACCGUCCGCACUGUAAGAAUCCUCACGCUAGAAUCUUUUUUAUUUCCUUACAUUGCGCCGCUAAGGUGGUGACCCGAGGCUUCCACAGGCCUAAUUCCAUUCGUCAAUAAUGUACUCGAGGAAUACCAGUAGCAGAUGAUCUCUGAUAUAGGUUAGUGCAAGUAAAAAGCACUUGAACAACGGACAUCUAAAUGUCAGGAGGUAUUGCAGCAUAGCGCUUGAGUGCUGAGGCCAGGCAUUCUUAAACAUGGCCACGUAUCAAGUUGACUACCAGUGGGCUUAUUCUAUAAUGGAUUCAUCCAGGAUAUCCACUUUCCUAAUAUCAAUUCUAUUGAUAGUUUACGGUAGUUUCCGAUCUCUAAACAGACGUAGUAAUUUAUUGACUGGGAUUACUAGUAAUAGUAGCGCCGGUAAUCCGGACUGCAUUAAUGGAGGAAGAGUUCAAACUCUCGAUACGAUGCAUGCUCUCUGUCUACCUCUCGGUGCUUCCAUUUCUCUACUCAUCAUGUUUUUCUUUUUUGACAGUAUGCAGAUGCUUCUUGCAAUUUGUACUGCCAUUAUAGCUACAGUUGCAUUGGCGUUUCUGUUAUUGCCCAUGUGUCAGUAUAUCAUUAGACCGUGUUCUGAUGGUAACAAAAUAUCUUUCGGUGUCUGUGGGAGAUUUACGGGUGCGGAAUUACUCUCAUUUUCGCUCAGUGUGAGUAUAGUAUGCAUCUGGGUUUUAACUGGACAUUGGCUGCUGAUGGAUGCAAUGGGUAUGGGCCUGUGCGUGGCGUUUAUUGCAUUUGUUCGACUACCUAGUCUCAAGGUAUCCACAUUGUUAUUAACCGGACUGCUGAUUUAUGAUGUCUUCUGGGUUUUCUUUUCGUCCUACAUAUUCAGCACAAACGUAAUGGUUAAGGUAGCAACUAGGCCUGCAGAUAAUCCAGUAAGUCUCGUGGCUAGAAGAUUACACUUAGGCGGUGUGGCGAGAGCUGCGCCGAAAUUACCUUUACCUGGAAAAUUAGUUUUUCCAUCGAUACAUCAAGCGGGACAUUUUUCAAUGUUGGGCCUCGGCGAUAUUGUCAUGCCGGGUCUAUUGCUCUGUUUUGUUCUGCGAUAUGACGCAUACAAAAAGACUCAGCUAUUGCCCGGCGGCUGUGAAACUGGAGUACCACCACCGCGCCACUUCAGUCGAAUUAGUUAUUUUCAUUGCUCUUUGAUUGGUUAUUUUCUUGGUCUACUCACCGCCACUGUAAGCUCUGAGGUGUUCAAAGCUGCACAGCCUGCCUUACUGUACCUUGUGCCCUUCACUUUGUUGCCGCUGCUCACAAUGGCGUAUUUGAAGGGAGAUUUACGUCGGAUGUGGAGUGAACCAUUCAUAUCUCAACAACCUUCUACACAUAUGGACGUUUGACAAGAGUCAUGGAUCUAAAUAUAUGGACAUUUGACAAGAGUCAUGGGUCUUUGUAUAUUAUGUUAUAUUGGAGAAGAUUCUUGCAUGAAAUUCACCCUCAUAUAAUUUCAUAGUUAUUUUCAUCAACGUCAUUUAAUGUAAGUAAUUUUUUCUACACAUAUACGCAUGUGCGCAAUUCAUUCGCAUUCUUUUCAAAGUCAGUAUGACAUACAGAGAAUAAAUCAGAUUUAAGGAUCAAUAUAAUUAUUUGCGAUUCAAAAAUACAUGUAUAAAAAUACAUUACAUACCGCAUAAAUAAUUUAAAUGUAAUAUAAUGUCACGAAUAUAAUGUUAGCGGUGCAAAGAACUUUUUACCGAAAUAAUAGAGGACGAGGAGAUCUCUGAGAAUAUUUCAAGAAUGCCAAAUGACACACACACACACACACACACACACACACACAUAUAUAUAUAUAUGUAUAUGUAUGUAUGUAUAUAUAUAUAUAUAUUUUUUUUGGCAUUCUUUCUGUGUCUUAACUUGAUGUUGAGUAUAUGGAUAGACAUUAUGCACAGUAGAUAAUCGCAACCGAUAAUUAUCGUCAUUUCGAACUAAAUAAUAGUUAAAAACUCUAUGUAUCAUAUGAUUAAUUUAACGAACAAAGGAAGAUCUUUUACUUAUACUGUAGAGUCUUCGUAAGAAAUAAUAUAUUCUCGAAAUAUUUACUUUUAAUCGAACAAAACAUAGAGAACUAAAUAUUAUUCCCAUAACAUUCAAUUACAAAUGAUUAGAAAGAUUGAUCACAGAAUACUAUUUUGAUCCACUAUACUGUCUAUACUCAACCAGAAUCGAAUUACUUGCGAAUGUGUAGCUAUGAAUAGAAUGAUUUAUAAACUGUUUAAAUAUUUAGAUAAGAAUCCAAUACACAUAUACGUGUAGGUUGUGACUUUGUUUUAAAGUUGGUUUAACGCUGAGCAAAGUAAUAAUACUAAAAAUAAUUGUAUAUAUUUAUUAUCAUUUUCGUAAAUUUUUAAGGGGGCACAAAGUUUUGCGAUUUGCGAUAAUUAAUGGCACGCUUUUCGAUACUAUGUUUUGUUUUGCUAUUUGUUUGUUAACAAGUCUAUUUCGGAAGUAGAGUUUAUUGUCAUUCUCCACGUGUAAGUAGAAGAAAAAAGCGCGAAAUUGCGUUGUUAAAGUUAAUUACAGGAAGGUUUGUUUAAAUAAAGACUUUCUAAACAAGCUCUUGCUAUGGAUAGGCUGUCAGAAAGACUUGAUAUGUUUAUUUAAGGACAAGACUGAAGAUAAUAUGACGAAAGCCAAUUUAUUAAGUAACUCUUCUGAAAGAGAUAAACAAGUUUUUCUAUUCUAUCAUUCUCUUAGAUCAAUAUCAUAGAGAUUAAUGAAA